CGGCGGUCGUCCUCGCUGCUGCCACUCGCGCGGGCGGCUUCAAGCGGCACUACACGUGUGGGCCACUGUUGCUGGCCUUGUGCGGCAGAGCGGAACCACUUCGGGAACCUCGUGGCUGCUCCGAUUGGGACGCCGGCGGGAGUAGUGGAGACGAGAGGAAAGCGAUGCCGCCUGUGGGCUACAGUGCUGGGAGGCCUGAGUAAGUCCAGUGGAGGCUGAGAGAAGAGAUAUCGGCACUCGUUGCCAAUAUUAGUAUCCUAUGAUGGCGGCCUGGACGCGCUUCGCGGUGCUUCGGGAGGUGUGCUUGGCGGCCAUUUUGGUGGCGGCAGCAGCAGCAGUCUUGGUGGCCCCAUUAGCCUCCGCGUCGGACCUUCCUGCUGAGCCGGUUGGCAGCGGGGAGUACUCGGAGGCAGACAAUGGUGACUACGCCGAGGAAGAUUCUAAGGAUCCCAGCAUCUUUGGCUCGGACUACGACGAAGGAAGCGGAGAUUUCGACAACCUGCCACCAAUUCUACCACCCUUGAUACCUUAUGGAAUCAUGGCGAAAGCAGCUGAGGCUACACAAACCUACGAAGCUACGACUCCAGACGCCCACUAUGCCGAUAGGACGUCUGCAAAAACAGAAUUUGACGUGAUUUCAGAGCUGGACAUGUGCUACUGUACCACCAACUCCACUACUGCACGGGGUCCUGCUGGUCAGGAUGGCAAAGAUGGUCCUCCCGGCUUGCAGGGUCAUCCUGGUCCGAUUGGUUUGCAGGGUCCACCCGGAGCGCAAGGGCCACAAGGACCACAGGGCGUUCCCGGACAACAAGGUCCACCAGGACAGCCCGGAAUAGAUGGUUUGCCAGGCACACCCGGGCCCAGGGGUUUGCCAGGUCCCCCUGGACAGCCAGGUCCUUCGGCACCGAGAAUAUUUGAGUUGGACAACGGCUACACGUCGGGACUGUUCAGCGGUGCAGGCCCGUUCAAUGGCAGACCCGGCCCGGGUGGGCCGCAGGGCUUGCCGGGACCUAGAGGUCACCAAGGUCCAAAGGGCGACCAAGGGCCUCCUGGACCGAGAGGACGAGACGGGCAUCAGGGAUCACCCGGUCCACGCGGGGAACAGGGUCUGGCGGGCUUACCUGGUCAUCCUGGACCGAGGGGACCCGUGGGACCAGAAGGACAGCAGGGACCGAAGGGUGAGCCCGGAGUGGGCCUGCCAGGACCUCCUGGUCCACCAGGUAGUGUGUAUGCCGUGCCACGGGACAGCGAGCUCGAGUUUGGCAGCAGCAGCCUCUCAUACCUACCUGGACCAAAGGGCGAUAAAGGAGACAGGGGAUUCACUGGACCGCAGGGACCACAGGGAAGAAUGGGCCCCAAGGGUGAGCCUGGACUGGACGGCAUCCCCGGUGCACCUGGGUCUAAAGGGGAUCGUGGUGAACCGGGUCUCAUCAAUUACCAGGAAUUUGAUGGGAAAACUGUCAUUUUAGAAAAGGGCGAGAAAGGCGAGCGCGGCCGCCGAGGACGCAGGGGCCCGCCUGGACCUCCGGGAGCCCUCAUCGACGAACACGGAAGAAUGGUUGCCGAAGGACCACCUGGACCCAAAGGAGAGCCCGGAGAAUCGGUGAAAGGAACCAAGGGCGAGCCAGGCCAGCCGGGACCACCGGGGCUGGGCACGUUCCUGGGAGCGGAUGGCCUUACAUACGUGACAAGGAACGAACAGGGCGAACCUGGUCCACGUGGGCCUCCAGGAGACCGAGGACCCAUGGGAUUCCCAGGGCUCAAGGGCGACAGGGGUGAAAGUGGACCGCCUGGACCUCCAGGUUAUGGAUCAGUCCGUGGAGAAAAGGGAGAACAGGGACCCCCAGGGCCACCCGGACCCCCUGGGUUGAGUCAUUGGUCCGACACUUCUAACACGAUCAACACGAGAGGGGGACAGAUCGUUCCUGGACCUCCAGGACCUCCAGGCCCUCCGGGACCGCCUGGUCCUGCAUAUAUGCCACCCAAGAACACCGUCCCUCCGCCCUCCAUUGUCCCAGGGGCGGUGACGUUCAAGAACAUGGAGUCGCUACUGCGCAUGUCCGACAUCAGCCCCCUGGGAACGCAGGCGUUCGUGCUCGACGAGGAGGCACUACUCGUCCGUGUCAGCAGUGGCUGGCAAUACGUGGCUCUCGGAUCUCUGGUACAGCUACCCAAGAAGACGACAAUGACUACGUCAACAGCAUCGCCGCUGUUGCCACCAGAUAGUCUGCGACUCGACGGAUCUGUACCAAAGCUUCGCGUGGCGGCACUGAACCAGCCAUGGACGGGCGACCUGCACGGGGUGCGGGGCGCCGACUACGAAUGCUACCGCCAGUCCCGGCAGGCGCAUCUGCGGGGAACGUUCCGCGCCCUGCUGGCGUCGCGGGUUCAGAACCUGGACAGUAUCGUUCGGGCCAAGGACGCCGACCUGCCGCUGGUCAAUCUCAAGGGUGAGGUGGUGUUCAACUCUUGGAGAGAACUCUUUUCCGGCGGUGGCGGUAUGUUCCCUUAUCCGCCGAGGAUCUAUUCAUUCGAUGGCCGCAACGUCCUGACCGACAGUACCUGGCAUCGCAAGAUGGUAUGGCAUGGCGCUGACGUGCUGGGAUCCCGCGACAUGGAGAACUAUUGCGACGCAUGGCACUCAGGCGCACCCGCCCGAUAUGGCCUCGCCUCCUCUCUUUUGGGAUCGCAGGCGCGACUGCUUGGUCAGGAACGCCACUCGUGCGCCAGCAGCUUCGUGGUGCUGUGCGUCGAAGUCACCAGCCAGCAGCACGACCAACUGGAACAGCAGCAUGGAAGGCGGCGCAAACGCCACUCGGGUGGCGGCGAAGAAGGCAACCGCUCGCUCACAUCCCACCAACCGGUCGCGGCUGAAAGCGACAGUUCGGAAAAAGAGCAAUCGGCGCUGCGUUCUACUUGGGAGGAAUGGUGGAAGUCUCUGUGGCACUGAGGACGGAACAGCGAGGACCGAAAGAUUACGAGCAACGAUAAGGCCGCGUUUUCAUCCACUGCACAGUGGCAUGAACAGUGGUCUUUCUGUUCUUGAUUUAUUUCUCAGCUGGAUAGAUAAAUCUCCAGAAGGGUCACAAUCAUUUAAUUGCGCACUGAAAUACCGAUUUCAAGUUGGACAAACUAUUACAAAAAUGAUAUGAUAAAUCAUGCCGUUGGAUGAGAAAGCACUGCGUACAGAGCUUUCAAGCACCUGUAUUUUCUCCCGAAGGGAGCUAAGCGUUGCGAUGUGAGCAGUCGUUCGGCGGUAUAAAAUUAAAACUUCAUAUUGGGAUAUACGUAUGAAUGAAUGAAUGAAUGCUUUAUUUUCAACAGGCCUAAUACAGAGCCUGCUAGAGGAGCAGAGGCUAAAGGCUCAAAAUGCCUGACAAAUGCGUAUGGAAACCGGCAAUCACGUAACGGGAAACGAGGGUGAUUAAGUGCAGCUGAAUAUUUACCAAGCUGACAGCUGCGUCAACAAAAUGGAUCGUUUUAACGUAGCAUAGUUCAGUCGAAGGGAUUCGUGGCCACAUUGUCGAAGACUUACUGCGCCGAUGAUCUCACAUAAGUGUUAGCAAUUGGAUUUCCACGCACCCACGAACUUGAUGCCGAAGGCCUAAAACUGGAUUACAGCAAAUUCGCAAGCAUUCAGCGUAACUUGUACAGCUUGCCGCGUAAUUUUCUCGCCAACAUGCGAACUCUAAAUAAUAAUAUUGAUGAGCAGGUGACUAUUUGGCUGGUUGAUCGCCCUCGUCGGUUCAUGCAUCACUUGUGAAGUGAAAAGCAAUCAGCGUGUAGUUGUGACAAUGUGUUCGCCAGUUCAUUUUUCUUGCUAUGUUGCACGAUAAAACCAUGAAACGUUCGCCCCAGUGGCCACAGAUGUGCUUGCUUAUAUUUAAUUAUUUCGCUCAGGUAUGGCGAUGCCAGGCCUACGAAGAACGCAAAGAAAGUAGCUAACAAAAAAUACGAAUGCGUUCUUUCCGCUGGCCAUUUUUUGUACUUUCUUAUAUCACCAAAAACAAAAAGAUGCUUUUUAUGAGCGCUGUAUCGAGGGGAUACCUAAUGCAGACGUUGCUACAGCUGCCUGUAGGGAAACUAUGUCCAAUUAAACGAGCGAUGUGCACAGUGCCAACGCACGUCGUGGCGAACCUCCUGCGAGUAUAAUCCACGGCCUAGUCUCAUGUGUGCUGUGCUCUGCUAUACGCGUGGCACACUGCGAACGUUCGCCGAUUGCCGGAAGGUAAUGUGUCGAAUAAAACUUCGAGGAGUUUUCCCGUCGCUCUGGCAUAAUUUGUCAUGACACACAUAGGAGGGUGACGUUACUACUCAACACCAAUGAGCUCGUCUUGAAACCGUUCGAGUGAUACGAGCUUUCGGUGAAAAAAGCAAAAAACAGCGGGAGCUAAAUACGGACAACGGAUGUGCACUGGACAAGCGCCUGUCCUGUGUUCCUGCCUUGUCCGCACUUAUUUCGCGCUGCUUUUUUCACCGAUUCAUUCGUACAAGCUAGCUCGCAUUCAUACCCUCUUGAGACACACGAGCUGCCCACGGAAGCUGUAGAAAGGCAGAAACCACGAGAAAGAAAACAGAAUUUUAAUGCACCCUCAUGCGCUCAGCAAAAUGGGAUAUAUAUACUGCGCAUCCUCCGCUACACAGUCCUGGCACUGAAAUUUUCUCUGCGCGUCAUUACGGUGUUCAGAUAAUUUCUGCAAGUAGCUGCAGGUUCGUUUAUUCUUGUGCCAUGCCACGUAGACCGCUUUUACAGACGCUCGUUUAGCUGCACGCAGGGCGAAUUCUAGCAGUGUGGUCAUCGUAUUCUUUGACCGAAUCCGGUUCUCGAUGUUUCUUUUUCCCGAGUAAAUGCAAGCCGUAUUAUGCGGUACGUUGUGCGACGCUUUCCUUGCCUUUCUAAUUUAUUGAACUGCAGGUUUAUUUCCUCCUGUGAGCUAUUCUGUCUCUGACCUUGCUGAGUUCACCGUAGCGUCGCAUCUAAGUUGGCUUACUUGUUCAACAGCUUUGAAAUAUAAGUUAACAUAAAAAGAAAACAGUUGUCUCACCGUACCAGUUGUACCCACAGGAAGCUCCUAUAUCUGAAGUGAAAGCUUGUCAGUGAGUUCUUUUGUUUUUUGCUUGCUUUUAACACACUGUGCAUCGCGGCCGUGUGAACCGGUCGGCCAUUCUCAGAACAUGCGAAGAAAGUUUGUACGGUUGUCGCCCUAAUUAAAAUUGAGAUUACCCGCAGUCUAAAGAAUUGGAGCUUAUUGUACGGUGCAGUAUUACUUGUUCAUAAAACAUACCUGUCUGCACAAGGCAAAUGGCAAGGCUUCUGCACGUCCAUUCAUUGUCAUAGAUAGCACGACAUGGCAGGCAUCCAAUAGAUCACAGGUGGAAAUGUGUAUAGCGUUUGCGUUUUCCUGUUUCUUGCCAUUCGAUGCAGUUCGUAUGUUUCAUUCAUCUCGCACCUUUACGUGUUAACAUGGAAACCGGAGUUGACGUUUCACUCGAGAUUUCACGAUUCCCUAAAAAUGCGGCCACACAAGUGCGUAAUUUGUGUGGAUGCGGCUAGCGUGGUCGAUUCCAUUUCUUUUUCCGUCCCCUUAACGUAAUUAAAGCGCAUUUAUCAGUCGAGACACAAGCACUGUUCGCGUUAUGAAAAAGCGACAUCUAUACAAAUACCCUCGUUUCGCGUUGCCUUAUCUUCCCUGCGUUGCACCACAUGUCGCGAGACAUCGUAUCUCUAGUGCACAAAAACGCGCGUCCUUUCUUGGAACUCAACGAAGCCUUUUUUGCACUAUUCCCAAGACCUUAGGUGAUGCUCCCCCUUUGCUGUAGAGAUCAAAACAGGACAAAAGCUUUCUUGGUCUGCUUCAUCUGAAAAUAGCAAUCUGUCAAAUAUUUGUAGCAGCUGCUGGGACAGAUUGUGUGCUCUGUGUUUGUAUGUGUGGUUGCCAUGGGAUGUCAGUAUUUUGUGUCAGACUUCUGGAGGAGCAUACUAACACGUGCCACUUUGACGUAUUCUGGUUAAGGUGCUCUUCUUGAUAUGAUAACAAUCGUCUCACAGGACUGAAAACACAUGGGAUCUAGUCUUUCAUACCUGUGCAAAUUUCCAACCACUGACUUGUAGUUUGCUAUCAGUCCUCUGCUAAUGUUUCAAUAUCAGCGGUAGUAGAAAUUAUGCGAUCACAGGUGGCGGAAGGACAUAUUAUCUGCGGUUGGAGGCGAAGGGAAGCGACGCUACAGACUUGCUGAGGCGAAAUUUUCUUCACUGAUGAUUCAAAGUUGCAAUUUUUCCUUUCUAUCGCUAAAGGCACGUCCAUGCUAGCGGCAAACAUGCCGUAACGGUGAACCAGCCUCCAGUGCCGUAGAAGGUCUGCCACGCGAGAGAUGUCUAAAGUAGACGGCAGUUCGGCGGCCGCACGACCGACGGGCCAAUCGACGACCGCGGUGGUGCGCGCCUCCGCCACCGGCGACGCAAACAUCGGCUGCAGCUUCUGUUCCAAGGAAAAUAAUACCCGCCGGAUAAAGUGAUGCGCAAAUUGUACACUUUGUGAAAAUACAAUGUCCACUGUCAAACGUUAAACACGAACCAGAGCUCCGAUACUUGUCGAGCUCAGAUGCAGUGCGCGGAUACCGAUAGCAGACGACCGAGCCUCGGCUAUGCUCGCAUUGCAGCCGACGGCGCCGCUAAUGUUGUCUUCUUUGUGUAUUAUUAUUGCGAAGAGCGACAACAUCGGUAAGAAAAUAUUGCGGCUCGUAAGCGCCGGCGAUUCAUUCCGAAGCGCCGUCAGCUUUAGUUUCCAAAUGAACCGGAGAAGGCAUAGCGACGAUAUCGGCGUCGCUGAGCGAUCAGCGGCGGCGAGGCUGCUGUCGGUGCCAGAGUGACUACUUCUCUGUCGCUGAUUGGCCACUUCGCUGUAUGGCUGCCGCAAAAACGGGUCCCGAUCCCGUCCUCUCCACGGCAAGGAAAUCUCGCCGUUCGCGAGCAAAACCGCUGUCGAACCACGCUCCGCGAACGGCAGAUGGCAUGCGUCAAGUUGCCGUGCCGCUAACGUGAACGGGCCUUCACUGUUCUCGUUUUUGUAUUAAACUUUCUAUCUAGAAAUUAUUCUAUAUAGCUUUCACAGUUACAUUUGCAACGAACGUUUGUUGCCACAAUGUCGAUAACAAGUUACAUUGCGAAGAAGAAAAAAAUCCGCUAAAUAUCCAUUUUAACUUUCCCCUCAUGCAUCGAUAUGCUAAAUUAUAUGAACUGCGAAAAACAAAUGUUUCCGCAAUUUUUAGCCGUAGCUUUCAUGCAUGAUAGUACUUGCUACUGAAAUUUCAGGCGUCAGUUAAAAGGGCAUUAAUUAAGGUGCUCUAAAAAAUUGAAGGUGCUCUAAUUUUAUAACUGAAGUUGAAAACAUAGAAAGGGGCUGAGAGAUGGAAUAGCACACUGUGGUAUAAAGUUUGUACACAGGGAUAAAGUGCCUCUGAAGGGCUGGCCAACGUUUCGAUAGGAGGACCUAUCUUUGUCAAAGGUGGGCUUGUCAUCCUCGGCAUGAUAGUUUUAAAGGGUUAGUGCAGUGACGUCACGUGCGUUUAUUGUCGGUGGCGGUUGGUUAUAAGGGACAGACUUCAGAGAUAAUGAGCGUCGCCGCCUGACGUCUAUAAGCGUCGUUGCCAAGACGAGGUGACAAGAGCGGGAGAGUGGGAAGGCGGCGAGAAAAGAAAAUAAUGAAAAGUAGAGAGAAAAGUGGGGGGGGGGACACCAAGAGGGAAAAAAAAGGCCCCCUUUGACGAAGAUAGGUCCUCCUAUCGAAACGUUGGCCAGCUUUUCAGAGGUACUUUAUCCCUAUUUACAAACUUUAUAACUGAAGUUGGAUGCCAACAUCGAGAUAUGUGAGCAUAAAGCUUUCGAGCCAAAUAUUGUUGUUUCAGGAUUUCAGGAGGUCGCGUACGAAAGAAAUGCUGUUAGUGAUAUAAGUGGCAGCAACGCGAACAUGACAAGAUUAGUAUUACUAGUAUUACAUAUCGGAACAAAAAAUAAAUCUUGGUGAUAUGAAGAUGCAGUUAUAAAUUAAAUUGAGGUUUUCAAUGUUAAUCAAAUAUAAUGUGUGACUACAGCAACUGAGUAUUAGUGUUUCGAUUAUUGCAUAGCACCAAUGUAUGCUAUGGUCGGAAUGCCGAGCGAGGCGGAAAUUUUGGGGGGAAAAGGUGCGAUGACGCUUUAGUCAUCUCUUUUGUCAUCUUGCUCUAGGGCUUGCGCUGAAGGAGAGCAAGAAUUAAGAGGUGCGGUCAGCCGACCUAUUUUAUCGCUGGCUAUUAACCUCUUUAGAUACGUCUCGUAGCAUUUGUCGAAGCUGUGAGGGAAUUUUAUUUAGCGAACCUGACUCGUAUUCACAAUACUUCUCGUUCGUAAGUGCCGUUCACCAUUUGCCAUCGCUUCACGGAUGGUCUCGUCUUUACGUCGACCGCUAUCAUGCGUAAAGGGCGCGCUAACGCCGGCCAAUGAGGCGGUGAUCUCACGUAAGAGAUAUUUUGUGAAUCCAGGGGCCAUGUAGCAUAAAACUAUUCCAAUAUGUUUUUGUACCAAUCUCCUGACGUCAAAUUUGCCUAACCGCUAACGCAAGCACCGGGCGGUCACCCGCAGGGUUGUCUGAACAAACAAAUCAAAUUCUCCCCUCGUUCAUAGGAGGUCACUUUUGUUCGCUUGAAAAACGAAUAACAUUGCCUACACUGAGGGGCUUGUCUUAUCUAAUUGGCUGGCAAGAGGCGAGGAGAACGCUCAAGUGGAAAGCCACUGCACUGAAAGUCGAUAAAGGCCGAUCCGCACGACGGACCAAAUUGUGCUCUUUUGGACCGUGCCCCAGGCCCUGCUUUGUUUCGUGCUUAUAUGGUGAACUUUUCGACAUAACGCGGAAAGUUCAUUAUUGAGGUAUGAAUAUAGGUGAAAAGUCAGUUUUGCACGCAUCGCUACAGUUGACGCAGUAAGGAAUUUGAACUUGAAAGAAGUGGUACAUAUCAUCUAGAAUACAUGUGCUGUAGAGCAUGCACACAUUCCUAAUGCGUACUGUAUUUGUGAAGAGUUCUUCACACUACUUUGGAAUAACUGUCCACUACGAAGCAGAAAAAUUUCGCGUUCUAAAAAAUCUGGCUGAUAAAGUUUUGCGUGAGGAUUCAUGGAGCCGUCAAGGACGGAGUGAAAUUUUCUCCUUAAGAUUUCUCAAUGAUUCAAUGAAAAGGAUAAGAUAUUAUGUCACAAGUUUCAACCUAUAGUCGUCGUCAGUGCAGUAACAACUAUUCAUUUCGGUGGAGAGCUACAUUUGAAGAGGUGAAAACAUACAUUUCAGAACACAUGCCAUAAUUGUGCAGAGUACCUUCAUUCAGUUCUUGAGUACAACAGUUGAAAAGAAAACGACAACAUAUCAAUGGCAGAACUUCAAAAGUGCGGGGCUAACGUCUCGGAAAAUAGCAUUUUGUUGCAUUUACAAAAAAGUUGUUUUGCAUACUGUUGUGCAUGGUGAAAUCACACACGCUCUGUUGUACUCUUUCAAAUUUUAUAGAUGCACAGGGCCUGUAUUUAUACCAUUAGAGCGAAAACUUACCCAAGUACAUGUAAUAAAGUGACCACUGUACACAAAUAAAAUUUCGGCGCUAUGAUGCCCAGCAAGAGUGCGCGUUUUCUUUAGUUAAAGAUGUGGGUAGGCCCAAUUUUUUUUUUACUGUAGACGAGACGGUACACAAAGGAAGUGUGCCGCCAUGCUUUUUUCGUUAUUUGUGCUCGUCUUGUGCACGAGUACAGACAGACUGCUGGAGGUCCGAAAGAGGUGUAGCUGUUCGAAACAUACAAACAAUGGUUUCUAUGAAGAAACUGUGGUAUAACGUUUCAGGGGAGCCAUGAGAAAGAAAUCGCAGCUCAAUUCAUUCUUUUGAGAAAGUUCUCAUGAAAUUAAUAGGAGUAAGUGGGCUCUUGCUGCAGGUAGCUGAAAUACAGUUCCUAACUUUAGCAAAUGCUUCCAAGGGAAUCGCAUAUCAGAUAUUCUAUUGAGAUUGCCAAGGAAUAAGGGAACGACAACGUCCAAGAAUGGUUGCUUUCUCUUGUGUCGUAAUGAUAUGGACUAAUGGAAUUGCACCCAUGAUGCAAAACAAUAGAUGUUUCCGAUGGGUCCGAAGGUUAUAAAAUGAUAUGAAAUAGCCUACCGUCCGCCUACGUUGUUCUCUAUUGUUACACGAACAGACGUUUGGCCUGAGGAACAAAAACGUUCUUAAUGAUUUCACUUUGGUUUAAAUAUUUAUUUCUGCUCAAAAAACGCAAACGCGCGUUUUUUUUUUUUUUUUUUACCGGAAUUGCUGACUAAGCUGGUCUGAGGAUGCAGAAGUCACCGUCACAAUAUGCUCGACGCGUUUUAGAGAAUUAGAAAUAAAAGAAAACUAAUGUUGCGAAUUAGCUUAGAGACAUAAUACGCUGCGACUAUACUUCUGAGACCAGCACGUUUUUUUCCUGGAGUCAUAUUUGGGAAGCUUUCGCCAUCCUACUGCAAAACAGCGCCUGCGCAUUUUUUAAACACGGCACACUGUAGAUCAAGCAAUGAUGAGCAAACCGUUUUCAAACAGCAGGCAACCGAAGCAUUGUUCACACAGUUUCUCGUCAACGCAUGCUGCUAUUGGUGUGAUUCAUAUCGAGCCUAAAAUAAUGUGACCAUUGCAUUUUUCUAAACCGCCUUGCAGUUGGUGUGUCAAAAAGAGUGUUAAUGACGCAUGUUCUGAGAAUUACGAAAUGUAGCAGUGACCUUGUUUUAAUCACCCUCGUCUACAUGUGUUCACUGACAAUUAGAAUUAUUUCCAAUAAUUCAGUCAAGUGCAGUGGUGCUCAAAACUCUUCGUCUCAUUUUCCGCCUUCACAACAUUUCAGCGAGUCCAAGGCUACAAUUAGGAUAGUAGAAUGAAUAAAUAAUUAUUUCAUCAGUGACGUUGCAGCCCAUACCGGCCGAUUCUGUCGGCAAUGAAGCGCGAGAAUGUAUUUCUAAUCGUGUGCGUCACUUGUUCCACAGGAACUGUGCUGCUAAGAGCGAAUUAGGAAGGCUACUGUAUAUGGCAGAAAAAAAAAAAGCUAUUGGCCAAAGAUUUUUAACCUCCUAACGGCUAAUUGAGCUAGUAAGUGAGAAUGGCGGCACUGGCCGUAUUAAGGCUACUACGGCGCGCGUUUACCACGAACUUUUCAGCCUAUUAGAAAGUGAAAAGCUUUGAUCCCUUCACAGCUGCCCUCCUCCUAUCGUGUAAUAGUUGUUUCGCACGAUUACUUCUGAAGAGUAAGCAAGAGCCUAGGCUGAGAAGCUGUUUCCAUGGGCAUACAGUUACCUCGUACAAAUUUCAACAUUAAGACACUAUCACGUUGACUGCUGUAUGCACGCAGUUGAUUAAAAUAUGUCUCCAACGCGGAAAGAAAGGUAGUGAGAGGAAAUAUAAAAUUUAGCUUAUUUUGGCCGAUCAGAUAUCACCGCCCUAUGAUAUCUUCAGAAAUGUUAACACCUGCUCUAAUCCUUUACCUGAUAUACUUUUACCAUGUGUUAGGAAAACUAAUUGAAUGUUAACCCAAGCUUCAGGCUUAUAGCGAAAGAAAUACAAUUUCGCUGAUUGAAUACGAGAAGUGACAAUAUAGGUAGAUUGGCUCGCCUCUCAUGAUUACCAGUAUUGUUUUAUACCGCAUUCGCUUCCUGCAAUUCGCUUGAGAGCCGCGUACAAAAAUGCUGUGAGCCAAUAAUCAUAAUCUGAUUUGUGAGAGUCGAUGAUGAAACCACAAGAAGGCGCAAGCAAUGAAGCCAGCGGAAUUGUUUCAAGUGUCCCAGAAAUGCGCCUUUUUACGGCAAUCGACAUCAAUGCAACUUGACAUGUAUGUUUCUUGCAACCCCGCAGCUGACAUAGUAUAGCUAUUCAGCACAUCGCAGACACGGAACAUACACUUUUGAAAUACGGUUGCGUCGUUCGCUAUGCUUUUCUUUAAACUCUACGAUUGAGGUGACAGAGGACAUUUUAUGCACAGACAAGCAUAUUUCGUGGAAGUGGCACCACUAGGACAGCAUCGUAUGAAUGCUUACUCUAGUCGAUAGCCUAUGGUGAUGAAUCAUUGCUGAAACAACUCAAAACCAAUGUUUAGGAAGCGCCAAAGUUACAGCAUCGCUACUGGUAACUGGCCUUGAUAAGGAAACUCACGAAAUUUGCUUGAACGUUUUCAGUACAAAUUGACGGAGGAGAGAUAUUUGUGUAAUAAUGGUGCAGUUGGGGACUCCAGAAAUUUUGACCACCUGGGGUUCUUUAACGUGCACCUGAAUCUAAGUACACGGAUGUUCGCGCCCUUCGCCCCGAUCGAAAUGCGGCCGCCGUGGCCGUUUAGUACGUUGUUGCUGCCACCUACACUUUGUGGAAGCCGAUAAACGCGCUAAUCUUUAUACAACCAUUUCCGGCUUUUUGAGAAGUGUUUUACAUGACUGAACAGAAUUUUGUACACGAGCGUCCUUCUUGAGGAAAGCUAUACAGCAGAAGGCGGGAUGGGGGGCACGUAAGUCUUUCCUUUUUUGCACGUGUUCCUUAACAUUAACCAUUACACUGAGCGAACAGCAAUCUACUAGAGCAUCUUUAAAACUUGUGUGUAUGUGUUUUGUCCAUCUUGAGCUGGAGGGGUUAAUCGUAGACAGCAGCCUGUUUGUGAGCCAUAGUCAACAUUUUUCGGCUACGCACUGUUGCUUUGCUUUCUUAUCUCCAAUACGUGCCAAAUUAGUUCAAUGCUGUUUUUUUUUCACUAGCAGGUGAUUACUUUCUGCUGUACACAACCGUCUGCGACAAUCAGGGACGCACUUGGGACGGAACACUAUUGAGCCGAUAAAUCCUUGUGAGCAUUUCUUUCCUAUCGCUCAUUUUUACUGACUGGCAUGCAAUCCCUGCAUACCAAAGAAGCCAACUAUGGGUAACCUUUAACGCAUGGUUGAAGUUGUGAAAGGGCGCCUACAUAACAAUCAACCAAGUGGGGAGUGCUUGACCUAAAAGUUUAAUUCCACUCGUCCGAUCUGCAUGGUUACGCAUUUGGCACACGCUUAGUUUAACUCCCUAUUAUCAGCUGCCUGGGGCUAGAAAAAAUACACAGCCAGAAUUGAGCGAGAGAGAUAAGACUGAGGUAAAAUAGACUUACAUAAGCAACCGAUUUUCUUUUUUUGCUUCGCAUAUCAAUUUUGCUUUGCAGAGUAGAAAUCGUCAAGAAAGUGCCCCCCCCCCUCCCCCAAAUCCGUACUCCAGCCAUGCAUCUACAGUUCCUACUUUUAGCAAAUUUACUUCAAUAUAUAGCACUCCGCAUAGGAUAGCCCUUCAAACAUGGUUGCAGUUUUCUUUUCUUUUAAACAGCAGGCGCAGCAACCUAUUGAAAAAAAAAUAUUGUUUUUGCUUCAAUGCAUCUAAGUGGCGUGUAAUCUAUGAAAGCGCUGUUUGUAUGUACACGUGAGGCUAUCGCACAUUAGACAAGUGCGCUUUAUGGCAAUUUGAGUCACUUUGAUUGAAGCAUAUAUGAUAUUUCGGAAUGAGUAAGAUGUAAUGUCCUAAAAACAGUUACAUUAGCGCGGUGCACGCUUGGCGGGGAAAGUUCACUUAGUGUGUGCAUGUAUAGUUGUGUCCGUGCCCUGUUUGGUUUCGACGUUUUUGUUUUUUGAAUGUGAUAGUAGGUCACCGUAGAAGUGAGUAAACGCCAACACGUAAAGCAAUAUUGAUCCUUUAGUCGUUUAGGAAUUCAAUGUCUGUAAUUUGUGUUUUGCUGUGGAAUAAACAUCCCUUUUAUGAGAAACCUCUCAA